GUUUUUAUCAAUCAAUCUUAAUCUGUUCUUUUAAAAACAAGUCCUGGAGGAUAGGUUAUAUUUCAGGACCUAGGGUUUUGCACACAGUAGAUAUUGCUCAAAUGCCCAGUGCCUGUAUUUAUAAAUGCUUUUGCAAGCAAAUUCAGCAUUCAUGGAAUAAAGAAAAACUACUAGGUCAAAGAUGAAACUCUAAGGUCAAUUCGAAUAACCAAACAAAUAUUCAGGAUGCUCCAUCAGGCUACUUCAAAUUAAAAAUAUUUAAGCAGCCAUUUGGAAUAUUAGUAACAGGUAAACAAAAAAGAAUCCUAAUACUGUAACAGUGAUCCUAGGGUCCAUUAGCUACUAACUAGCAAAUGGUUAAGAUGGGCUAAAUGUCCUCCUCUCAUUCAUAACCUUUCUUUAUGUUCUUAAGAUUAAGAGUGCUGUUUUUCUACCGGACUGGUGUGUUUUCUAAAAUAUGUGUGAUAACAUUAGAAAACAUUUUGGUUUUGUUUAUAAAAUCCAUUUUAUUCUUGAUUUCACCACAGUCUCUUUAAUCAAAAAUGAUGAGUACUGUCACCUUUUGUAAAAAAAAAAACACAUCCUUUAUGACAUCACACUUCCAUUAUGACUACUUCAUCUGUUCUUGCCUAGUGACUAGGCAAACCAAUGUGUUUCCAUGAGUCCAGAAUGAACAACGACCAGGAAGGGCUGUUGGGUUUCUGUGGGUUGAUCUUCCUGGGCUUUUAUGGGCUAUUAUGAGGGCUGUCUCCGGUUUUGAAAAUGUCCUGGUGGAAGACUCCCUUUUCCAAUCUGAACUCCAGCAAAAUUAUCACAAGAUUGUGCUAUGGAUACGUUGUGGCUUGGGCCCAACGUCUAAGGCACGGGUCAACAUGUCAGCUCCCAUGUUUCCUCUGAAACCUCGUUUCUUGGCAGUGGGACUGGCUGUAGGAGCCUGUGCCUUUGUGACGGUCUGGUACUACGUUCACUUCCAGCGCAGAAGGGCUUCACGUCCGACUGGGAAGAAGAAGAAUAAGAGCGCUCCUCUGCAACCAGACUCCCAGUGCUCCCCCGUGGAAGUGGAUGCAAAGUCAAAUGGGAGGACCACCAUCCUAUCAGAUGCAAACAGAAGGAGAUCUGCCUCUUCACCACCUGAUUUUGGCUUUUACCAGCCCUUAAGGUUCUCUCGGGAAUCGGAUUCUGCUCGGUCUACCAUCAAGACAAACCCCUGGGCUUCCUCCGACGAGCUACAGCAGCUCUUGUACACAAAGGCAGACAGCACUGCACAAGUCCGACCGCAGGGUGAAGCUGAGAGCCCUGAAGCCACUUUGCAGGGGCAGAUGAUUGAGAAUAAUCCAGCAGACCUAGCAAAGCAUGAGAGUACAUUACCCACUGUGAGUUAUCCAGCUCCAGCAUUUUCUUUUACCCAGUUUCAGGCAGAAAAUGUGCUGCCCCUCACCCUGACAACUCUGGAUGUGUCCCUCAGUCAUCCUCGUUCCACUCCGGGAAGUUUAAUCUCUGAGGAGACCUCUGCUUGCAACACAGCCCACACCUCAGGUGGAGACCAGGAGCUGAAGCUCUGUGCAAGUUCCAUACUUACUUUAGUGAAGGACAGUCCCAUCCAGAAUGAUGAGCACCCAGAAACUCUGGAUGUGCCCCUCCAUUAUCCUCGUUCCACUCCGGACAGUUUAAUCUCUGAGGAGACCUCUUCUUGCAACGCAGCCCUCACCUCAGGUGGAGACCAGGAGCUGAAGCUCUGUGUGAGUUCCAUACUUGCUUUAGUGAAGGAUGGUCCCAUCCACAACGAGGAGCGUUCAGGGGACGAUUUGGGGUCCUUAGCACACCUACCCCAAACGGGGACUGUUAUGGCUGACACAGGACCAGAGCGGCCAGGGGCACCACAGCAUGAAAAAUCAUGGGGACAGACCCAACUAGCCAGGCUGAGAAUUCUCCGUCAGUGGAUCCGAGAGGCAAAAGAGUACUUGAUAAGUAGCCACUGAGCAUAAAGGCCGGAUGUGGAGACAAUGAAGAGAAGUUUCCAAUCCAUGGAAUGUAGGCCUCAGUGCACAGUGCUUUACCAAUGGGCUUCAGGGCACUGUGCAACAGUAAUCGCCUCCCCAACUAAAGUGUAGUUUUCAGGCACAGG